UUCACGUUUAGAUACUGAGGAUUGUUACCCUUGAAAAAACAACCAUCUCAUGGAUAUUUCUCACACUUUUAAAGUGGAAAUGUCCUCUGUAACAUCUGCAUCUCUCUGCUGGACUUUACUUUUUGCUUACCUCCUCUGUGUCUCUGCAGACCAGAAAAACAUCAAAGCAGGGGUUGGACAGACGGUCACUCUGCCUUGUCAAGCUCCAAAAAACAACAAGUUCAUCAUUGCUGCAGAGUGGAGCAGAGCUGAUCUGGUGGAUAAAUAUUUGCUUUUGUACUGGAAAGAGAAGUUUGAUCCAACCAAACAACAUCCGUCUUUCAAGAACCGGGUUGAUCUGCAGGACAGACAGAUGAAGGAUGGAGACGUGUCUUUGAUUCUGAAGGAAGUGACGACUACAGACAGUGGAACAUACGAGUGCCGUGUUGUACAGAGAGGAACAAAUAUGGAUGAUGAAACCAUCAGCACCAUCUACCUUAGAGUCGUUGCUCCAGGUCAAACAAGAAGACGCAGAGAGGCUGUUUCUGAUGGUGUGAUAAUUGGUCAGGGGGUUUAUGUUGCAGCUGUUUUUGUUAUUGGCUUGUUUAUCUUUUACAUAUGCUAUAAAAGAAUGAACCACAGGAUAAACUGAUGUUCUGAGGACAGACAGAAAUGAGCACUGUGGAUAAUAGUGGGCCUUUGGUGGUGGCAAUACAAAUAUAGUUAAACAGUAAGUCUGUGUUAUAAAUGAGCAGAAAUGGGUACUCUCACCAA